AUGCCUCGAAUUCCUACCGAAACCCAAAUCAUUAAUAUUAGCGGCGAUUAUAAGCAAUGGUUUGGAGUUUUACAGCAAAAACUAAUCGCUGCUAAAGAAGAGGACAAUCCGACGAACAAUAUAUGGCUAAUCGCUUCCGACUCAUCCCUUAAUGGGAUCAUCGGUUUAGUCAAUUGUCUCCGUUUUGAACCGGGAGGGGAUAGACUGCGAUAUAUUUUCAAUUACGAUGGCACUGGUAGCCAAACCUACAUAGACUUUAAUGUCAGCCCAUAUAGCGAUAUAUUGUCCAACAAUUUAGUGGCGAAUGUCGUGAAAGAGGGAAAAGUGGGAACUUUUAGACACUUAAGACUUGCGGAUAAUUACGACAAAACUGUUUCCAAUGAAUAUUAUCUCAAUUUGGGUCAAACCAGAGGCAUAUCUGGACUUCAAUGCUCCGGGAUAUUAUUUCGUGACAUUAUGAUAGUGGAAGGUCGUCUUCCAAUUGACAGUUCAUUGACUGACUGUCCCAUUGGUUUCGAGUUCGCCGGCAGGAGAAGUGAUACGGGAGAGAGAGUUAUGGGAAUGGAUGUCAGGAAUCGGUGUUUCUCGACAUCCAUUUACGCCGCAGAGCCCUAUAUGACUGCCAUUCCCGAGCACUGGUCUAUGGACGACGCCGUCUCCAUACUUAACACUUAUCUGACUUUGUAUUACGGACUCAUUGAAAGAGCACAAUUGCAACAAGGUGAAAGUGUUUUGAUUCAUUCGGGAGCGGGAGGUGUGGGUCAGGCGGCUCUCAAUAUUUGCCAAUAUUUCGGGUGCGAUAUAUACGUUACGGUCGGCACUGAAGAUAAGAUAACUUUCCUUAAGAAUGAGUGCAAUAUUCCGGAGAACAGAAUAUUCAACUCAAGAGAUAUUCUCUUUAAGGAUCAGAUAAUGAGAAUAACUGAUGGAAAAGGUGUUGAUAUUGUUAUCAACUCAUUAUCGGGUGAGAAAUUGGAUGCAACCUAUGAGUGUGUAGGUGACCAUGGUCGUAUUGUAGAGAUU